AAGGUGUUCCAGCAUAUGACACACGCACACAAACACACACACAUGCAGACAGAGCAGUAAAUCAAAGAAUCAGCAAGAUGGCCUUCAAAGUUGCAACUCUCGUGUCUACAGUUAUGCUGAUAUAUUUCGUGGCUCCCCUGGUCUUCACUUCAGAUCUCCCACAGCCCAAUAGUAUUUCACUGAUGGUUUACAACUCAAUCACUAACAAGAAGAAUUUAACUUUCACCACUGACAUUGCAUACAGAGGAAUCUUACUAGGUGCUAUGAGAAAGAUCCAAGCAGCCACGAAUAAGUUCAGAUUCACCAUAAAAGAGGAUCCAAACUAUGGUCCAUUCCUUGUGAGCGUGAACGGACUGGCAGGAAAUUCAACUGACCAUACAUACUGGCAGCUUCUUGUCAAACUAAGUAAUGGCACCCUAAUAAUUCCUGAUGUCGGUGUUGGAUGUUACAUACCAAACCCGCAAGACACAGUUAUCCUUAAAUUCACCAAAUGGUAACACAGUGAUGGUUUAAUGAUGCUGUAAUCAGGCUGGGGUCUUUUGAAAUUCACAAUACAUUAGGGUAAAUUUACAUGAACUAUAUUUGUAUGAUUCUUCCUUAACAAAACAAGAAUAUGUUAAAAUCUUUUGCCUCAUGUCAUCAUUUUAAACCCUCCAAGUAAGUUUUUGUUUUUACAAACCUUUACAAUAGGAGUUUUGGGGAUGUCUUUAGGAAAUUCUUUACUUUAGAUUUAUAUUAACCCUAUUAUACAAGAUCUUUUUUGACUAACUUGGCUAAAAUAUUUCUUAACAAGGGUCUAUUUGGAUAUGCUUUAUUUCACCAUUUACUCAUAACUUGAUGUUUUUAUGCCUGUAGUUGUUUUAGACAACAUCAUAGUUCACCUUUAUCUAGGCUAAAACACAGCCUUAUGAAAACAAGAAAAUAGUCAAGAAGCCAGUUAUACCAGGCAAUGUGAGAAAUGAAAAUAAAACCAAUAAUGUCAAUCAAAUGAUGGGUACAUAAGCAAAUGUUUAAUAUACAUUAACUUUUGUAUACACUGAUAAUAAAUCUUCUGCAACAUUAA